AUGACAGCCAUGCUGCAGAAGUCGGACAGCAAUGCCAGCUUCCUGCGCGCGGCCCGCGCCGGCAACCUGGACAAGGUGGUGGAGUUCCUGAAGGGCGGCGUGGACAUCAACACCUGCAACCAGAAUGGACUCAACGCCCUCCACCUGGCGGCCAAGGAGGGCCACGUGGGGCUGGUGCAGGAGCUGCUGGGCAGAGGGUCGGCCGUGGACUCUGCCACCAAGAAGGGAAACACGGCUCUUCACAUCGCCUCGCUGGCGGGACAGGCAGAGGUCGUCAAAGUGCUGGUCAAAGAAGGAGCCAACAUCAACGCGCAGUCCCAGAACGGCUUCACGCCGCUGUACAUGGCUGCCCAGGAGAACCACAUCGAGGUUGUGAAGUACCUGCUGGAGAAUGGCGCCAACCAGAGCACCGCCACCGAGGACGGCUUCACGCCGCUGGCCGUGGCGCUGCAGCAGGGCCACAACCAGGCGGUGGCGGUGCUACUGGAGAAUGACACCAAGGGCAAGGUGCGGCUGCCCGCCCUGCACAUCGCCGCCCGCAAGGACGACACCAAGUCCGCGGCGCUGCUGCUGCAGAGCGACCACAACGCCGACGUACAGUCCAAGAUGAUGGUGAAUAGGACGACUGAGAGUGGCUUCACGCCGCUGCACAUCGCCGCCCACUACGGCAACGUCAACGUGGCCACCCUCCUGCUCAACCGGGGCGCCGCCGUGGACUUCACCGCCCGGAACGGGAUCACCCCUCUGCACGUGGCCUCCAAACGGGGAAACACCAACAUGGUGAAGCUCCUGUUGGACCGCGGCGGUCAGAUUGACGCCAAAACCAGGGACGGGCUGACGCCGCUGCACUGCGCGGCCCGGAGCGGCCACGACCCGGCGGUGGAGCUGCUGCUGGAGCGGGGUGCGCCCCUGCUGGCCCGGACCAAGAACGGGCUGUCCCCGCUGCACAUGGCGGCGCAGGGCGACCACGUGGACUGCGUCAAGCACCUGCUGCAGCACAAGGCGCCCGUGGACGACGUCACCCUGGACUACCUGACGGCCCUGCACGUGGCGGCGCACUGCGGCCACUACCGCGUCACCAAGCUGCUCCUGGACAAGCGAGCCAACCCCAACGCCCGAGCCCUGAACGGCUUUACCCCGCUGCACAUUGCCUGCAAGAAAAACCGCAUCAAAGUCAUGGAGCUGCUGGUGAAAUACGGGGCUUCCAUCCAGGCGGUCACCGAGUCGGGCCUCACGCCUAUACACGUGGCCGCCUUCAUGGGCCACCUCAACAUUGUGCUGCUGCUGCUGCAGAACGGCGCCUGCCCCGACGCCACUAACAUUCGUGGGGAGACCGCGCUGCACAUGGCGGCCCGGGCAGGCCAAGUGGAGGUGGUGCGAUGCCUGCUGCGCAACGGUGCCCUCGUCGACGCCAGAGCCCGGGAGGAACAGACGCCUCUGCACAUCGCUUCGCGCCUGGGCAAGACGGAGAUCGUGCAGCUGCUGCUCCAGCACAUGGCGCACCCGGACGCGGCCACCACGAACGGGUACACGCCCCUGCACAUCUCUGCCCGGGAAGGCCAGGUGGACGUGGCCUCCGUCCUCCUGGAGGCAGGGGCUGCCCACUCCUUAGCUACCAAGAAAGGCUUCACCCCGCUGCACGUGGCCGCCAAGUAUGGCAGCCUGGACGUGGCCAAGCUGCUGCUGCACCGGCGGGUGGCGGCCGACGCCGCGGGGAAGAACGGCCUGACCCCGCUGCACGUCGCCGCCCACUAUGACCACCAGGAGGUGGCCGUGCUGCUGCUGGAGAGAGGUGCGUCCCCUCACGCCACUGCCAAGAAUGGCUACACUCCCCUGCAUAUUGCUGCCAAGAAGAACCAGAUGCAAAUCGCAUCCUCGCUCCUCAGCUAUGGGGCCGAGACGAAUGUCGUGACCAAGCAGGGUGUGACCCCGCUGCACCUGGCCUCCCAGGAGGGGCAUGCGGACAUGGUCACCUCACUCCUGGACAAAGGGGCCAAUGUCCACACGUCGACCAAGAGUGGACUCACAGCCUUGCACCUCGCAGCCCAGGAGGACAAAGUGAAUGUUGCUGACAUUCUCGUCAGGCACGGGGCAGACCAGGAUGCCCACACGAAGCUCGGUUAUACUCCUUUAAUUGUGGCCUCUCACUAUGGAAAUGUGAAAAUGGUUAACUUCCUUUUGAAGCAUGGAGCCAAUGUCAACGCCAAAACCAAGAGUGGCUACACGCCCCUGCACCAGGCCGCCCAGCAGGGCCACACGCACAUCAUCAAUGUGCUGCUGCAGCACGGAGCCCGGCCCGAUGCCACCACCACGAAUGGCAACACGGCCCUGGCCAUCGCCAAGCGGCUGGGCUACAUCUCUGUGGUGGACACCCUGAAGGUUGUGACGGAGGAGGUCACCACCACCACGACGACUAUCACUGAGAAACACAAGCUGAAUGUUCCUGAGACCAUGACCGAGGUGCUUGACGUUUCUGACGAAGAGGGAGACGACACGAUGACGGGGGACGGCGGCGAGUACCUGCGGCCCGAGGACCUGAAGGAGCUGGGUGACGACUCGCUGCCCAGCAGCCAGUUCCUGGACGGGCUGAGUUACCUGCGCUACAGCCUGGAGGGCGGGCGCUCCGACAGCCUCCGGUCCUUCAGUUCCGACAGGUCGCACACCCUGAGCCACGCCUCCUACCUGAGGGAUAGCGCCAUGAUCGACGACACCGUUGUGAUCCCCAGCCACCAGGUGUCGGCGCUCGCCAAGGAGGCGGAGAGGAACUCGUACCGCCUCAGCUGGGGCCCCGAGCACCUGGACAAUGUGGCCCUUUCUUCCAGCCCCAUCCACUCAGGCUUCCUGGUCAGCUUCAUGGUGGACGCCCGCGGGGGUGCCAUGCGCGGCUGCAGACACCACGGGCUCCGCAUCAUCAUCCCGCCCAGGAAGUGCACGGCCCCCACCCGGGUCACCUGCCGCCUGGUGAAACGCCACCGCCUGGCCACCAUGCCCCCAAUGGUGGAGGGAGAAGGCCUGGCCAGCCGCCUGAUCGAAGUCGGACCCUCUGGCGCACAGUUCCUGGGGCCCGUCAUCGUGGAGAUCCCGCACUUCGCUGCCCUGCGAGGGAAGGAGAGGGAGCUGGUGGUGCUGCGCAGCGAGAACGGGGACAGCUGGAAGGAGCACUGCUGUGAGCACACGGAGGACGAGCUCAACGAGAUCCUCAAUGGCAUGGACGAGGUGCUGGACAGUGCUGAGGACCUGGACCGUAAGCGCAUCUGCCGCAUCGUCACGCGUGACUUCCCGCAGUACUUCGCUGUGGUGUCCCGUGUCAAGCAGGACAGCCACCUGAUCGGGCCCGAGGGCGGCGUGCUGAGCAGCACAGUGGUCCCGCAGGUGCAGGCGGUGUUCCCCGAGGGUGCGCUGACCAAGCGGAUCCGCGUGGGCCUGCAGGCGCAACCUGUGCACGGCGAGCUGGUUAAGAAGAUCCUUGGGAACAAAGCGACCUUCAGCCCGAUCGUCACCUUGGAGCCCAGACGAAGGAAGUUCCACAAGCCGAUCACCAUGACCAUCCCCGUGCCCAAAGCCGCCAGCGACGUCAUGCUGAAUGGUUUUGGGGGAGAUGCUCCAACCUUGAGACUUCUGUGCAGCAUAACAGGGGGGACCACUCCUGCACAGUGGGAAGACAUCACAGGAACCACGCCAUUAACAUUUGUCAAUGAGUGUGUUUCCUUCACCACCAACGUGUCUGCCAGGUUCUGGCUGAUCGAUUGCCGGCAAAUCCAAGAAUCCGUCACCUUCGCCUCCCAAGUGUACAGGGAGAUCAUCUGUGUCCCAUACAUGGCCAAGUUCGUGGUGUUCGCCAAGUCGCAUGACCCCAUCGAGGCGCGGCUGCGGUGCUUCUGCAUGACGGACGACAAGGUGGACAAGACGCUGGAGCAGCAGGAGCACUUCGCGGAGGUGGCCCGCAGCCGGGACGUGGAGGUGUUGGAAGGAAAACCCAUCUACGUUGAUUGUUUUGGCAAUCUCGUGCCAUUAACCAAGAGCGGCCAACAUCAUAUAUUCAGUUUUUUUGCCUUUAAAGAAAACAGACUUCCUCUCUUUGUCAAGGUACGAGACACGACUCAGGAACCAUGUGGACGACUAUCAUUUAUGAAGGAGCCGAAAUCCACGCGAGGCCUGGUGCACCAAGCCAUCUGCAACCUGAACAUCACCCUGCCUGUCUACAUCAAGGAGUCCGAGUCGGAUCAGGAGCCGGAAGAAGAGAUUGAUGUGACAUCGGAAAAAAAUCAGCAGGAUUCACAGGAGCGGAUGGAGGAGCGGCUGGCUUACAUCGCCGACCACCUGGGCUUCAGCUGGACAGAAUUGGCCAGAGAGCUGGACUUCUCUGAGGAGCAGAUUCACCAGAUCCGCGUGGAGAACCCCAACUCCCUGCAGGACCAGAGUCACGCGCUGCUGAAGUACUGGCUGGAGCGGGAUGGGAAGCUCGCCACCGACACCAGUCUCAUCGAAUGCCUCACCAAGAUCAACCGCAUGGACAUUGUGCAUCUCCUGGAGACCAACACGGAGCCGGCCCUGGAGCACACCAGCCACAGCUACGCUGAGAUGGAGCAGACCAUCAUGCUGGACCACAGUGAAGGGUUCUCGGCGCUGCCAGACGAGCUGCCCGCGCGGCACCAGCAGCCCCAGGAGCUCACGGCGUCCAGCGGAGGCGCGGCCUGUGCGCACCCCCCCCUCGUCUCUGACGAAGACCUCUCCGGCGGCCACUCCACGUUCCAGGAUGGCACCUCCCGGACGGACGGGGACAGCCCCGCUGCGGGGCACCUCCUCCAGGAGCGGGGGCCCGGGGGCCUGGCAGGGACGGGGGCGCCCGAGGAGCCCGCUCCGGAGCCACAGCAGCAGCACCGUGUGACCACUCCACGGACACCAGGGUCAGACUCCGAGAAGGCCACAGCAGCCCCUGGCUCUCCCAGCAGGACCCCCGAGGAGCACGGGCCCCACCUGCCACCCUGGGAGCAGGCAGACUCGCCCCUCGUGCAGGAGCCCGCGGAGGCGAGGGCAGGCGGCUCCCCCAGGAGAAACAGCCUCGUGAUCGUGGAGUCAGCCGACGAGCAGCCCCCGGCCUUCGAGAGCCUGGAUGAGGACUCGGCGUUUCAAAAGGGAGACGACGUGCCUGACCUGCCCCCAGAAACGGUCACGGAGGAGACGUACGUGGACGAGCACGGGCACACGGUGGUGAAGAAGGUCACCAGGAAGGUCAUCCGGCGGUUCGUGUCCGCGGACGGCACCGAGCGGGAGGAGGUCACCGUGCAGGGGCCGCCGCAGGAGCCCGUCCGCAUCGAGGACGGCGACGGCUACUCCAAGGUCAUAAAGCGCGUGGUGCUGAGGAGCGACACGCAGCAGUCAGAGGACGACGCUCCAUAA